UUACCGGGGCCUGUUUUCUCGUUGCAGCCUCCUUCCUGUAGCCCGGUUGAGGAAGUGAAUUUCGCUGACAGGGCUGGGUUCAGUGAGGGAGAGGCGAACUAAACAUCUUAACCAAAAAAUAACAAGAGACGAGCGAAGCGACUUGUUAAAGCACAGUAAAGCUACGGUGUACAGUCAUCGGUUAAAUCGUGCUCCCCUUCCCCGCUGAGAACGCCACAGACCGCCGCAGACAUGAAUGACCAGCAGCUGGACUGUGCCCUGGACCUGAUGAGGCGUCUGCCUCCUCAGCAGAUCGAGAAGAACCUCAGUGACCUCAUUGACCUGGUGCCCAGUCUGUGUGAGGACCUCCUCUCCUCUGUGGACCAGCCCCUGAAGAUUGCCCGGGAUAAGGUGGUGGGAAAAGACUAUCUGCUCUGUGAUUACAACCGAGACGGCGACUCCUACAGAUCCCCAUGGAGUAAUAAGUAUGACCCGCCCAUUGAAGACGGUGCCAUGCCUUCAGCUCGCCUGAGGAAACUUGAGGUGGAAGCCAAUAACGCCUUUGACCAGUACAGAGACCUGUACUUUGAGGGUGGCGUGUCCUCUGUGUACCUCUGGGACUUAGAUCAUGGCUUCGCUGGAGUUAUUCUCAUCAAGAAGGCCGGGGAUGGAUCCAAGAAGAUUAAAGGGUGCUGGGACUCCAUCCAUGUGGUGGAGGUGCAGGAGAAGUCCAGCGGUCGUGCUGCUCACUAUAAACUCACCUCCACCGUCAUGCUGUGGCUCCAGACAACCAAGAGCGGCUCCGGUACCAUGAACCUGGGUGGCAGCCUUACAAGACAGAUGGAAAAAGAUGAAACAGUUGGAGAGUCCUCACCCCACAUCGCCAACAUCGGCCGCCUUGUCGAAGAUAUGGAGAACAAGAUUCGCUCCACACUGAAUGAAAUCUACUUUGGCAAGACCAAGGAUAUCGUCAACGGCCUAAGAUCUAUUGAGUCUUUGCCUGAUAACCAAAAGUACCGGCAGCUCCAGAAGGAGCUGUCGCAGGUCCUCACCCAGCGUCAGAUCUUCAUUGACUAGGGUCAGAGGAGUGUUCAGUCUCUGGCUGACAAGUCAAAGCAGGAGGCUCUGAGGGUCGACCUGAUGGAUGCACUCAAACGCAAACAUAACAGCUAGAGAUGCUACUGUCUUUCUUCUGUCUCUCUCACUCUGUCUCGCCUCAUCUCUGCCAUCUUUUCUGUUUCUUUACGUCUCUCCCUCCAUGCCUGUUUCAGUGCUGCACUCUUAUUUGUGGAAAAACAAAAAAGGAGAAAAUGCUUAGCUUUUUGGGUUUUUUUUCUGUUUUCUGUCAGGUUUUGUUUUCAUUGCAUCUCAUCUGCCAUGAAGCCAUUCACUCGUGCUUCCUCUGUCUCUCUCCACCCCUCUUCUCUCUCUAUCUGCUCUCCCAUGUUAUGAAUAUUAUGAUAGUAUUACCACGGUUAAUGAUAAUCUUACAGUGUGAGGGUCUCGUAAUAAUAAUCCCUGAUGUUGUCACAGCUGAUGUGUCCUCCGUCAGUUUCAAAUGAGCGAUCUUGGUCCCGCUUUUCUUCUGUGAUGAGGAAACUGACACAGGCUGUGCUGUAGGUGGUGCAGGCUCGAUGCGGCUGUCAUUAUUAUGGACGUCAACUUUAUUUCUUGCACCUGUUAUCGUCUGUGACACCCCAAUGAUAUAUUUGUAUAAAAUUAUUACUGUCCGUGUAUAUCUGUCAUUAUUCUAGGCAAUGUAAACGGUGUCAACAUGAGGACAGCUUUCGGUUUGUGUUAGAAGGUUUUUACUCUUUACUCUCCUUUCUGUCCACAUGCAUGUGAGCCUGUGUGGGAGCAUGGGUCUGCAGUGAGAGGAAAUGUAGACUUAUCAAACACGGGGAUGGACUGUUAUAAUCACUGGGUGAUUACACCCACGUCGUCAACCCCAACCCCCUACACUGUGUAUAACAUGACAGAUAGCCUCCCCCUCUCUUCUGCUUACGCCAACUUCUCUCUCUUUCUAUCUCUCUCCUCACCUACUUUGUCUUUGUUGGGGGUCACAGUUUGUCUUUGUGUCACAUUGGAAACCUUUGUUUCCAUUUUGGAGGGGAAUCUUUUGUUGUAUUUUUGUUUUGUUUUAAUUUUGUAAAGCUUAUGAUUCAUAUUGUAUUAGAGCCUCCAGCAACAAUAAAAACAGUAAAAAGCAAA